GUUUCCCUGCAGAACAGGGGCUCUCAUUUCUGUGGAGGGGCCAUCCUGACUGACCGCUGGAUAAUGACCGCUGCACACUGUUUUGCAUCACUCUCAAAAGAGUUUCUCAGUGGUGUGAGAGUGGUGGUGGGAGAGUUCGACCAGAGGGUAGAUGAUGAAGAGGAGCAGGUCUUUUUCAUUAAGUCCGUCUCAGUCCAUGAGAAGUACCAUCAUGCGUUGCCUAUGGUCUAUGACAUAGCUCUGGUGGAGUUGGAUAAACACAUUCGAUUGGGAGCCCGUGUCCACCCCAUAUGUCUGCCUUUGCCUGAUGAGAGCGUCCCACCUGAAACCAGCUGCAUUCUGGGUGGAUGGGGCAGAGUGAAGGAAAAGGGUCGUCUUCCUGCAGUGCUGAGAGAGGUCCAGUUAGAUUUGGUGGACCCAGCCAGAUGUAAAUAUAUCCUCCAGACCGUCAAAAGUUCAAUUGUUAAACAGAGACCAGACAGGCCUCAGCCAGCCAUGACAGUUCUGUGUGCCGGGCCAGAGAGAGGAGGGAGAGAUGCCUGCCAGGGUGACUCAGGGGGUCCUCUAGUAUGUCCGGCAGGGUCAGGCGGCGGUCACUGGGUAGUGAUGGGUGUAACUUCCUGGGGCAAGGGAUGUGGUCGGAGCUGGGGAAACAACAGCAGCCGUGCCCCUUCCAGAAGAGGAUCUCCAGGAGUUUACACUGAUGUCAGGCUGUUGCUGCCCUGGAUUAAACGUAAACUGAAAGAGGCUGAUGAGCAGCAGCGGGGGAUGACUUCAUCAAAACUCUGCAGCGUGAGAGAUGGACCUGUAUCUGACAGUGAGGGGGUAACCAGAAACCCCACCCGCCCUGGUGAUCACUAUGACAACAACCAGUUGUGUGUGUGGGGUAUCAGUGUUCCUCCAGGUUUUAGUAUUCUGUUGGAGUUUGAUCAUUUUGAUCUGGAGAAUGACUCUCACUGCCGCUACGACCGACUCACCGUUUCAGUCGGGACAUACAGGCCUGUUGGGAUUUUCUGUGGAAGUGUCCCUCCAGGUCCACUACUCCUGAAUAAUUCCCAGAAUGCAACACUUCUCUUUUCCUCUGACAUUAACCGAGCAGGAAGCGGCUUUGUCAUUAGGCAUCGUGCUGUCCAGGGACGCUUUAAUCCUGGAUGUGGGACUGUUGUUCUAGUUGAGAAUCAGACUGCUGUCCACAGCCCAAAUUACCCACAGUUCUACAGUAAUGACUGCGUCCUCCGCUGGGUUAUUUACGCUCCACGGGGUCAUGUUGUGAAGCUUGACUUUGCUGACUUUGACCUGGAAGAGUCAGACCUUUGCUUCUUUGAUUCUCUCACUGUCCUGGGAGAUGUGGAAGGAACAGAGGAGAUCGCGGUACUGUGUGGUGGCAGUGUUCCUCCUCCUGUGCUGUCCUACCACGGCGUCAUGGUGCUUCAAUUCAAGUCAGACAGCAGCAUUACACACAGGGGCUUCAGUGCUACACUUGCUUUCAUCAGCCAUACAGACCUCCGUCAUCAGGAUACAACCGGCGCAGAGAGUCGAAGAGAUGGCCUGAGAGAUAACCGAGAAGGUUUAAAAUUAUAUGUGGACUUGGAUGUAGCAGACCCAGUUGUGCAGCAGUCCAGCAGCAGAGCCCUGACCCAACAAGGUGAUGUGGACCAUAAAAGCUCAGAGGAUCCCAGACUGCAUGUGGACAUGGGCUCAGGUCAUGACUACAGCGGAGAAUCCUCAGGGAGUGGGGACACAUUUCCAAGCCUGUAAUAUAUAACACUUUGGACAUUUCUUUAAGUGCUUUGGUCAUAGAUUCAGUUUAAUGAAUUCAAUUUAAUCAAACAAUAAAAAACAGCUUGAAAUAAAUCUACUUGUUGACAGAGUGGUAUGAUUCCCCUUUAUUGAGUCCUGAUUUUCAUUUUAAUGGCUGACUGUGACUCUUGUUUUGUUUAUCUUCCUCCUAAAUGUUUACAUCUGCAUCCCAAAACACUUUAGAAACAUGCUAUUAUGUAUAUUAUACAUUUUAUUUGGAAAUAAUAAAUAAAUAAAUAAUAACAUUAUUUUAAGUCCCACAAUUUAGCAUUUCUAAAAGCAUAUCUAACACAGUAUUAUGCACUUGUAUGCAGAUAUAUGUGUUUAUUAAUGUAUUUGUCAACAACUGUAGCUCCUCCUGUGGGCAUCCAGAGGUGGAGGUUGGUGUAUAAACAUGAUGAAUGACACACUUAAUAUAAAAUAUCUCUCUCUCUCAGGAGAAGUUAUAAUUGCUGUCAAAUACCUUACACACUUAAACAUUUCUGUAUAUUUCCAACCACAUUAUGGUGUGUUAUAAAGCAUUUACUAAAUGUUUGUACUGCUUAUAAAUGCUCAAUAGUGGGACUAAAGUGUUGCCACUGUUGCAUUAUGAGAGGUGUCUUGUGUUUUUUAUGUUUGUAGGUAAUUUAUGUAGUGAACUUUGUAGUUUAUCUAUUAUAAACCAUUGUAGAUAAAGUCUAUAUGAUCUUUGCUUUUGCUGCUUGGUGAUUCCACUGGUAGAAAAGAAACUUUUAAUGAUUUUUACGCCACUUGUUUUGAACUCAGUGUUAAAGUUGUCAGUAAACUUGAGGACAUACUUUCCUAUCAUGUAUUAUAUUAAGAUGCAAUAAAA